CACGCAACGCCCACUCCGCCCAGCGCCUGCCUGCUCUCGCCCAAGCCUGCCGCGGCCGCCUACCCACCCCCUCGGGCGCCGAUAAUUUAUAGUGGGCAGCGAGAACGAGGAUCGACACCCGCCCAGGCAACGGCUGGGCCGCCUCCAGCGAACGAGCACGAGCUGCCGCCGCCGCCGCCGCGCCCGCGCCGCGCAAAUACCAGGUUUAGUACCUGCGACUGGCAGAUUCCGGACCAGACCAUCAGGAACAACCUACCUAAGUUAUUAGUACCUACCUACGUACCAAGCCAGCUCCAGCAGCCCGUCGUCGGCCCCUGCUUCCGCGUGCUCGCCUGUCGGUGCGAGGUGGACGAGCCCGCCGCCGCACGCACGCACGCACCCACGUCGCCCAUUGGGCUGGGCUGGGCUGGGCCUCGCCGUCGCCGCCGCUGUUGAAGUAAUUGCUUUGGCUUCGUUCCCGCCGACCUCACGCUGUCCCUUGCGCUCCCCCUUUGCUUCCGCCAUCCAUCUCUUUGUCCGACAUGACGGCCAUGGCAGCAGCAGGGCCCGACUACGCCUACGCGACCCCUCCGCAGUCGUCGUCGGCGUCGUCGUCGUCGCGCGCACCGCAGCCCCUGGGCCGAUCCUACUCGGCUCGAUCAUCGCGCCCGCCUCCAGCGGCCUCAGCGGGCGCCGCAGCCGCAGCUGUCGCCGCUGGUGCGGGUUCCGGCGCUGGGUCAGGCACUGGCCAUCACCACCCGCCGCCCUCCCCCUCGUCCAACCAUCAUCACCGCAGUCCCUCCUCCCACCACAACCAAUCCUCGUCGCUCUCGGCGCGCAGUCACCACCACCACCACCACCACCGCCGCACCUCGUCCUCCACCCGCCCAAUUCAGGACAUUCUCCCCCAAAAUGACCAAGAGACGACCAGCCUAGCAGCUACAGCGUCCUACUCCAAGCGCACCUCGAGCCGCGACCGAGACCGAGACCGCGACCGAGACCGAGACCGCGACCGUGACCGCGAUCGCGACCGCCUACCGCCCCCUUCUCGGGGCGCCGAGUCGACAUCCUCAUCUUCCUCCCGACAGCCACAUCGCCGCAGCAGCUCGCGCUCCAACAGCCGCCAUCACCACCCCCACGCCCAGCCCGAGAUGCCUCCCUCUGCCGUCCCCAGCAAUGGGACGUCCUCGGCUCCUUCCCAUGCCGCCACCGCCGCCCACGGCCAUGCCGACGCGCCUCAUCAUCACCAGCAGCCGCCUGCCGCUGCCAAGCAGACGAGAUCGCGCACCACUAUCCCAACCCAGUCGGGCAAGUGGAUCCUGGGCAAGACCAUCGGCGCUGGCAGCAUGGGCAAAGUGAAGCUCGCCCGCAAGGAGGACGGGAGUGAACAGGUCGCUUGCAAGAUCGUUCCUCGCGGCUCCACCGAUGAUGGCCACCAGAGUCGCGCCGAUAAGGAGCGAGCUGACCAGUCCAAAGAGAUCCGAACGGCUCGCGAGGCCGCCAUCGUCACCCUCCUCAACCACCCCCACAUUUGCGGCAUGCGGGAUGUGGUGCGGACAAACUACCAUUGGUACAUGCUUUUUGAAUACGUCAACGGUGGCCAGAUGCUCGACUACAUCAUUUCGCAUGGCAAGCUCAAGGAGAAGCAAGCCCGCAAGUUCAGUCGCCAGAUUGCGAGCGCUCUCGAUUAUUGCCACCGCAACAGCAUUGUCCAUCGCGACCUCAAAAUCGAGAACAUUCUCAUAAGCAAGACGGGCGACAUUAAGAUCAUUGACUUCGGCCUGAGCAACCUAUUCGCGCCCCGCAGCCACCUCAAAACGUUCUGUGGCAGCUUGUAUUUCGCUGCCCCAGAGCUUUUGCAGGCGCGGGCCUACACGGGACCAGAGGUCGACGUCUGGAGCUUUGGCAUUGUUCUGUAUGUCCUCGUCUGUGGUAAGGUGCCAUUCGACGACCAGAGCAUGCCGGCGCUACAUGCCAAAAUCAAAAAGGGCCUUGUCGACUACCCGAGCUGGCUCUCCAGUGAAUGCAAGCAUCUCAUGUCGCGGAUGCUAGUCACCGACCCGAAGCAGCGCGCCACCAUGCAAGAGGUGAUGUGCCACCCGUGGAUGACCAAAGGCUUCAAUGGCCCGCCCGACAAUUACCUGCCCGCACGCGAGCCUCUGUCUCAGCCGCUCGACUCUGAAGUCAUCCAUGCCAUGCAAGGUUUCAACUUUGGUUCCCCAGAGUCCAUCAAAACCCAGCUUGUCAAGAUCAUCGAGUCAGAAGAGUAUCAACAUGCUGUUAGGAUGUAUCAACGAGAAAAGGAACUUCCGCCACCUAAUAGGGAGGGAGAGAAGCGGCGCGGCUUUGGGUUCGACUUCUACAAGCGCAGAAACUCUGGCACUAGCCGGGACACGCUCACUGGCCCGAGCUCUGAGGCUCUACAACUUGGCUCUGAUCCUCUGUACGCUUUCAGCCCUCUCCUCUCCAUCUACUACCUGGUCAGGGAGAAACAAGACCGAGAAAGGAUCGAGUCGCCUCAGACCGCGUCCCGGGAGAAGGAACGGGAAAGAGAGCGAGAGCGCGAGCGCGAGCGGGACAAGGUCGAGGUGAUGCCGGAGCUGGCACCUCCGCAGGCGGCUCACACGAACCCCGGAGGUUACGAGAUGCCUGGCGAGAAGCCUACGGGCGGACGCACGAGGCCGCGGGCUCGCACGCACGGCGAGGAUGAUGCUCCAGACGCAGCGGCCAAGCAGAGCCACCCGCCGCCACCGCCUGCGCCGGAGACCAAGGUCGAGCAGCUGCAGAAGAAGGAGGGCACCGCUGCUGGCUUGCUUCGCCGGUUCAGCACUCGCAAGCGCAGGGACCCGGAGCGUCUCGAAAAGGAUCGAUCACAUCCGCCCAUGGUGCAGGUUCACUCUCCUGCUGAAGGCGCACCCACAACGCCAAAGAAGAGCUUCAGCAUUCGCCGGGGUAGGCAGAGCCGCGAUGACCAGUCUACGCCCGCGUUGCGCUCUGCCGGGAGCCAACCUCAGCAUAGCGAACUGCUCAGUCCCCCUGCUACUUCCGGCGGUCCCCGAGAGUCCCGAAAGUCAGGCCUCGGCCGAUCGACAAGCGUCAACUCUGCUGACGUCAGGCGCGUUCGCGACACCGGUCGCAUCGUCAAGGACCCCCCGGUGACAAGCGGCUCUGACCAGUCGGUGUCCAACGAGAACCCUGGGAUGGCACAGCGGGGUCAUGCUCACUCUAGAUCCAUGAACAUGAGGGCCAAGUCGCUUGGCCACGCACGCCGCGAGAGUAUUCAGCGUCGCCGUCUCCGACGCGAAGGCGGCCACGAAGCGGAUGUCCCCGAGGAGACGGACGUGGAUCAGGAGCAGAGCGGAGUUUCAACGGAAAGGCUGGAUAGCUCGGACCUGGCCAAGCCCGUGUUCCUCAAGGGCUUGUUUAGCGUGUCGACGACAUCGGGCAAAUCGGUGCCCGCAAUCCGCGCCGACAUCAAGCGCGUGCUCAAGCAGCUCAACGUGGAAUACACGGAGAUCAAGGGCGGCUUCAGCUGCAGGCACGCACCAAGCAUCGACCUGAACAAGGUACAGGACCCGCCCGGCAGCCCCGCGGCUCAGACGCCCGGCCAUCGCCGUCGUUUCAGCUUCGGCGGGCUCAUGAGAGGGGAGGAUCGAGACCGGGAGGAGCUGCGGGAUGCGGACCGCGAUCGUCCUCCUCCGACGCCUCGCACACCCGGUCGGUCGGAUCGAGAACGCAGCUACUCCAACUCGGAGACGUCUGUGGAUAGCAUCCCUCGUCGUAACGGGGCGCCUAGGCGGGCCCCGGGAGAGACUAGCACGCAGGUGCAGAGCGAUCUGGGUGGUAGCAUGGUGAUGGAGUUCGAGAUCUUCAUCGUCAAGGUGCCGUUGCUGUCACUUCACGGCAUCCAGUUCAAGCGCCUGACGGGCAACACAUGGCAGUACAAGAACAUGGCAGACCAGAUUCUCAGGGAGGUGAGGCUGUAGUCUUGGCCAACAACGGUAUAUAAUUGUUUAUAUGGCGCCUCGAAAUUGCAUGGGUACGGGAGCGGGAGCGGGAAUGGUCUCCUUGACUGCUGAGCUGGGGAGGGGGGACCGCUAUUCAUCCACCUGUUGAUGCUCGCCGUCCCUGAGGAGGGAAGCGAGCCUUACGUAAGCAGGCAUUGCGUUUGUAUAGCCCAUCUUGAGCGUUGGAAGUUGUUUUCUUUAGCUAGCAAGGCAUUACUAGGUAUGUUGGAGGCGGUCAGGACGGCGGUGGACAUAUACGUAAGCAAAGAGAGAGAGACACACACAACUAAUGGGAAUAGGCAGCCUCGAGCUGGCACGAAUUUGUUUGAGCUGAAG